GAGAACCGACUGUGAUCGAUGGCUCUCGCGCGAGCUGAGAGCGGCUGGGCGUUCACCUUCAGAGUGCGGUGACCAGCGGUGACGCCAUCAGCCCGCGCCCGGCGGUGGGGGAGCUCGCGGGGACAGCUUGGCGCAGCGGCGGCUGGACAAGUGGGGCAUUAUUUUGAAGACAAUGUCUGGAAGUUACUACUUUGUAAUAGUUGGUCAUCAUGAUAAUCCAGUAUUUGAAAUGGAAUUUCUACCUUCUGGAAAAGUGGAGUCCAAGGAUGAUCAUCGUCAUCUCAACCAGUUCAUAGCUCAUGCUGCUCUUGACCUAGUAGACGAGAAUAUGUGGCUGUCUAACAACAUGUACCUGAAGACAGUGGACAAGUUUAAUGAAUGGUUUGUUUCUGCUUUUGUCACUGCAGGACAUAUGAGAUUUAUUAUGCUUCAUGAUGUAAGACAAGAAGAUGGAAUUAAAAACUUCUUUAAUGAUGUCUAUGACUUGUAUAUAAAGUUUGCAAUGAAUCCAUUCUAUGAACCUAAUUCUCCUGUUCGAUCAAGUGCAUUUGACAGAAAAGUGCAAUUUCUUGGGAAAAAACAUCUUUUAAGCUGAAUACUUUUAAAUAGAGAGACUUUAUUGCAUCUUCAUGAAUCUGAACUGUAAUUAACUUAAAUAACAUGGUAAGUUUUCAGCAUGUUUGACAUGUCUCUUUUUGAAGACUUAAGACAAAUGAGCUGCCCCAUAAUUUUUUUCCAGUGACAACUAAAAACCAACUGAGCUUUUGGGGUUAUGAGAAAUACUGUAAAAAAUCCUUCUAGUUGCCAUGUGUCGUGAAAGUGUUAAACGAACAAGUCAGUAUAAACAGUGGUAGCAAAUCUUGCUGUAUUCCAAAGUUAAAGGCAUCAGUAUAUCAGUUGCCUUAUCAAUGCAGAGAUGAAAAGCAGAUCUCUUCUGUUUAUGUAGCCUGUUGGAAAUCAGAUCUAAAUGCAAAAAAAGCUUUAGUGUCUGAGUGUAUUUCACAAUUGUAUGACUUAACACAACGAAUAGGGAAUUUCUUAAUUGUUAGGCCUAAAGGGAGAAAUAUUGGUUAACGUAGUAAGAUUAAAGGUUGCUAUGUUUGUCACAGUCCCAAAUAGGAAACUCUUGCACAGCACAAUACAAGACUAAUUUCCCCUUGCCCCUGUCAUGUGAGCUUUCAGAGAUGCAUCCCAGAAUGCUGUGGUUAAAGAAACAUCUGGGGCUGGCAAUUAAGACCUUGCAAUACUAUUUUCCAAUAAGUCAGCAACUCUCAAACAGUUCUCUUUUUUUUUUUUUUUUUU